AUUGGUCUAAUGUGGGAGAGCGCAGUUCUUCGAAUGGAAACGAAAAUAUUGAUUGUGCUGCUCUUGGCUCUCACCUGGACGCAGUGCGUCCAAUCUCAGCUUCCGUCCGAUAUCAGUUGCAGAAAUUUCGCAACGGAAGCAAUCAAUCUACCGGCUCUGUCAGGUAUUUGGUAUGAGGCGGGCCGGGUACCUAAUGAGGAUGUUAUGAACUGCUUGAAUGUCUCAGUCCCAGCGACUGUGGAUGAGCAACUGGACCUGCGAUUGGAGUAUCUAAGCCGAAUCAAUGGAAAAGAUCAGGUUGUCAAGGAGACGAUUACAUUUCCCUGGGAUAACAACACUCAAAACGGAAUAUUUAACUUGGACUACAAUGGGCCAUCAGCGAGUAUGUCUGUUACUUAUAAAAUAGUCUACACCAUUCCGAAAGUUGUGACUUUCAUCUGCGGCUAUGCGAGCAUCUCUCCAAUACCGCUCUUAAAGAUCUUCUCACGCGAACGUCAAAUUAGUCAACAAACUAUCGAGAUGGUCAACAGUUUUCUCACUGCAGCUGGCUACGCUGAUGAUAUUAUUUGGACGGAUCAAUCAUUCGCUCGCUGCAAUGCUGCAGUACGUCCAGCAAUUGGAGCUAUAUCAAUAUUUGCUCUAGCUAUCGUGUGGUGCUUAUCUAGAUGGAACUAGCGACAGUUUAUCAACAGGUUAUCAGCACCGGUUGUAAGUAGUUAUUAGUAAUUUUUGCGAAAUCUGAUAAGAUCUAGUUAUCCAAUACAUGUGUAUAAUAUAAAUAUUAAACAUUUCAAUAUUAAUACAAACUCAAA